GAUGGCAGUAUUGAUGAUGAAAGCAAAAGGAUGAUUGGUCAAAAGCAAUCCUAUCAUCCUUGCUGUUGUCACACUCUCUCGUGCAACAAUUGAAUUUGUUGUCGUUACUUCGCAAGAGUUGUGAAUUGCGUUGUUGCUGUUGGUGUUACAGCCAUUCUGGUAUUCACGGUUUGCCCUCGGAAAGCAAACGACAACAACUCAAGCGCCGCGUACACCGCAACCAAGUGUGCAAUUAAAACGAGAGGAAGACGAAUGGAUAAAGAUCGUCUAUGGAUGCCAUCCUCCGGCCUCCAAAAGCGACGUGAGGAACGAACGAUUCUAUCACCGCAUGUUUUCGCCAACUACCACAGCCCUACCCCAACAGACUCUACCGUCGAAAAGGACGGUGCUUGCAUACAAGACUACGGAUUCCAAUCAUCCCCACAUCCAUCGGAUUCCUUUGAAGUAUCUUUGCACCGUCUCCCACGAACUCUGAACAGUGAAAUCGAAUUGGUCUUUCCCGAAAUUGCAUCCCAAGCAAAGCGUGAAAAGAGAGAGCAGGCGAAACACAAAAAGGACGAAUGCACAAAAGAGAACACAAAAAGAAACGACCAUAAACGAGAGUACCUCGUGAUACCGACCUUCCACGUGACCCGGUUUUCGAUUCUCGAACGGAACGACCGGACAGAAGACGAACGCAUCCGUGUCUUUCUUCGCUUUAGGGACUUUGCUACCGAGUUCAAACACCGUCUUUCCCAAAAAGACCCCUUUUCGCGGCUCGACAUUCCCGACAUCGACGGAGCGUCGACCUUUUCCGAUAGCGUGCACACUAACAGUGCAUACGACGAGGUCGCAUCGACGCGGUCCAUACUGGGUUAUUCCACCUUUUUGUACAUGGGAAUUCAAAUAGUUCAGCAUCCUAGAAUCGGGUACGAAAAACUAGCCAUCCAUACCAUAGUAGCGUAUGCCAAUUGCAGACACGCCGCCGAAACAUAUUUGGAGUUGCUCAAAAAAUAUCAGUAAAACUCAAGAAUAAAUGAGAACAAGACAU